AUGUCCAAGGAAGCCUUUACAGAACUAACUGAAGUGUUGCAUCAAUCAAUCGCUCCAAAUCUAAAUGGUCCAAACAAAAGGGCUAUAAGCCGAAAAGAAAUUAGCGUUACGUUAUACUUCUUGAAAGACAGCGGUUCUCUAUGUAUGACGGCGAAUGCUUUUGGUAUUGGAAUAAAUACAACAUCAAACAUAGUAUUUGAAACAUGCAAAGCUAUUGUAACAUUGCUAGGCCCUAGUUAUGUAUAUCUUCCAAAAAACAUAGAUGAGAUGAGAAUGAAAGUAGCAGAGUUUGAGUGUAAAUUUGGCAUGCAACAAGCAUUUGGUUGCAUUGAUGGCACACACAUACCAAUCAUUUGCCCAUCAAAAAAUCCACAAGACUAUUAUAAUAACAAAUGUUUUCAUUCUUUGAACGUCCAAGCAGUAUGUGACUACAGAGGAACAUUCAUGGAUGUUGAAUGCCGCUGGCCAGGCAGUGUUCAUGAUGCCAAAGUGUUUGCCAAUUCAUCAAUAAAUGACAAACUGCGAAAAGGAAAAUUGCCAGCAGUCUUUCAAUCAGUUUUGCAAGGGUAUGAGAAAGUUCCAAAUUAUCUAAUUGGUGACCCACCCUACCCACUAACCCCCUUUUCUAUGAAGGAAUAUGAUUCAUGUGAAAAUAAUGAGCAAGUCAUUUUCAACAAUUUGUUAAGAUCAGCUAGGAAUCCUAUUGAAUGUGCUUUUGGCCGCCUGAAAGCACGAUGGGCAGUUUUAACAAAACGGUUGACCUUAAAUUAG